GUCUUUUUGUCUCCAUUUAAUUGCAAUUGUCAGAUUACCAAAAUUUAAAUUAUUUAGAAAUGGCAAGCCACUCAAAGAAAAAAACGUUAAAAGGACCUACUCCUGAAGAAAUUGUGAACGGGUUUCAAAAUUUAAGGGCCGAACAGAGAGCUUUGACAAGUAAACUUUCAGAAAUCGAGUUAGAUUUGAACGAACACAAGAUGGUUAUUGAAACUUUAAAAAAUGUCAAUGAAGACAGAAAAUGUUUUCGAGUUAUUGGAGGAAUACUGACCGAGAGGAAAGUGAAAGACAUUCUCCCAGUGCUAGUAACGAAUCAGGAAAAGCUCAAGGAACUGAUUGAUAAACUUCAUGAACAAAUUACCAAAAAAGGACAAGAGAUCAAUGAUUACAGGGAAAAACAUAACAUCAGAUUUAGGGGUUUGGAAAAUCCCAAGCAAGACGAGCCCAUAACUUCCACUGAAGCUAGAGGAAAUGUCCUGGUCUCUUAAUAAACGGAAUUUGAAUCAAGAUUUUUGUUAAUUUAUUUUCAUAUUGCAUUGAAAGUAUAUUUUCACUUCACUUUCGCAAGCAUUGUAAAUUAUGAUACUACUUGUAAUAUUAAAUAACCUCAUUUUUUAAAAAUUAGAUGUUGCUUUUAGUUUAAAUAUACAACUUUUUGAUUAAAACUCUAAUUUGUUUCGUAACAUUUUUUAUUACAAACUUCGUAUGCAGUAAAU